AAGGAAGUGGUCAGCUUUUACAGCAUAACAGAAGCUAAGCCAUUGAUAUCUGAUUAUAAUAAAACACUUGAUGAGUUCUGUCACACUUUCAAGCUUCAAUUCUUGCUCGAUAAGAAGCUUUCAACAAGCGAUUUUCUUGUUUGUGAAACAAUUGAGUUUGUUCUAGACUGGGAUCCUGCUGAGCACUUAUUGAAUGAUAUUCGUCGUUUAAUGGAGAAAGCAUUCAAAGGAUUGAGCAGAAGGAUCAUAGUCAAAAGCAUGCAUAAAGGGAACUCCAUCAUUAUCAUUUGUGGUGCUCCUACUCAUCUAAUGAAUGCUUUGCAAUUGAGGGCUCGUGAUAAUCUUACUGUGCUGCAAGAAGAAUUUUCUUUGAUGAGAUUGAAAAUAGGACACUGCACUGUCUUUGAUAGGACCAUCAGAAACAAAGAACUAAAGAUUAUUACAGAGGAAAUUGAAAUGUGUGAAGGAGAAUCAGUAAAGAUGAAUCUAUACCACAAUGACAAAGAAAGUCUUCUUGUUAGUCAAGCAGCACAACUUAUAAGUUUAAAACAGAAACAAGAAUUCAUCAAUAGUAGCAUGCAGGCAUCAGGUAUAGCAUAA